AUGUUUAUGGCGAGAAGCCGCCAGGUGUAUAGGGAGGUGCUGCAGCACCAGCAGCUGCAGCUGCUGCGGCACAGCAAGAUGCAGCUGCAGCAGCAGCAGCAGCUGCAGCAGCAGGCCGCCCGCAGCAGGAGCAUCAGCGACGCAGAGACGGAAGACGACUCGGACUACGAGCUCUCCGACGUCGCUGUCAACCUCAGCAGCAGCAACAGCAGCAGCAGCAGCAGCAGCAACAGCAGCAGCAACGGCAGCAGCUCCCCCACGGCGUCUGUUCACCCGGCGGAGGGGCUCGAGAGUCCUGCCUUUCCUGCUGCCUACUGCAGCAGCACCACCCCACUUGCUGCCGACGCUGCUGAGCGGAGCAGCAGCAGCAGCAGCAGCAGCAGCAGCAGCAGCAGCAGCAGCAGGUACCCCGCGCGCAGGCACCCCGUCAGCCCCUGCAGCGUCCCCGAAAACAGCAGCAGCAGCAGCAGCAGCAGCGACACAGAUGUCAGCAGCGAAGUGGAAGAAAACGAAAUGGCAGAAUUGCUAGACGACGCCCUUGCGGGCAGCCCGCUUUAG